AACUACUGUUUGUAUACACCACGAAAACAAAAAAAGCUAUAGUUUGCGGCUCGGGUUUAACUGUUUAUAACGUCUUAUCAAUACUUGUUUUUUUACUGAGCGGGUUUUUAGCAGUUUACUCUUUGCUGACAUUAUUUGUUUGAUUAUUUGAGUGAAAAAAUCAUGCCUCCUAAGGUAGCGAGAGAUUAUAGUAAAGACAAAGAAACUUUUAAAACGUUUCUUCAAGAAUACGCGAAAAUCGAUGAUAAAGAAGGCAAUAAAGUUUUCCCGUAUCGUCAACAACUUACAAACAUUGCUCACCGAGAACAAGUUUCAUUGAUUAUAGAUUUGGAUGAUUUGAAAGAAGUUGACGAAGAACUUGCUGAAUAUGUUAGAACUAAUACCAGACGAUAUGUUAAUUUACUUCUUGAACUUGUUCAAGAAAUUUUACCUGACUUCAAAGAACAUCCAGUGCAACCAAAGGAUGCUUUAGAUAUUUAUAUAGAGCAUCGUUUAAUGAUGCAAGCACGUGCUCAAAAUGAAGGAGAGCAAAGAAAUCCUCAAAACCAAUAUGCUCCUGAACUUAUGAGAAGAUUCGAAGUCUACUUUAAAAAUACGAAUGAUGCAAAGUCAUUAUCAGUUAGAGAUAUCAAAGCUCAGAAUAUCGGGCAACUUGUUACUGUCAGAGGUAUUGUCACCAGAUGCACCGAGGUUAAACCACUUUUGGUUGUUGCUACUUAUACCUGCGAUCAAUGUGGUGCAGAAACCUACCAAACUGUUCCUGCCAUGACCUACAUGCCUUUGCAAACUUGUCCUAGUGACGAUUGCCGCAUUAAUAAGUCUGGUGGUAGACUUUAUCAACAAACUAAGGGUUCUAAAUUUAUCAAAUUCCAAGAAAUUAAGAUUCAAGAACAUAGUGACCAAGUACCCACAGGGCAUAUACCUAGAUCAUUAAGUGUCUAUUGCAGAGGAGAGAUGACAAGAAAAUGCCAGCCUGGAGAUCAUAUCGUUGUUACUGGAAUAUUCUUACCUAUUGUCAGAACAGGAUUUAGUGAAAGAGAAGCUGCUGGUCUUUUAAGUGAUACAUACUUGGAUGCUCAUCUCAUUGACAAUCUCAAUUCUGUGGAAACGGAUAACACCACUAAUGAAUUAUCAGAAGAAGAAUUAGACCAGCUGACUCGUGAUGAUUUUUACUCAAAAUUAGCUACCUCAAUUGCCCCUGAAAUUUAUGGUCAUGAAGAUAUUAAAAAAGUUCUUUUAUUACUUUUGGUUGGUGGUACAGAAAAAAAGAAUGGUGACAUUAAAAUAAGAGGCAACAUCAAUGUUUGUUUGAUGGGUGAUCCUGGUGUAGCCAAAUCGCAACUUCUCUCUUUCAUUUGCCGUUUGGCUCCUCGAUCUCAAUACACUACCGGUCGGGGUUCAUCAGGUGUAGGUUUGACUGCUGCUGUACUCAAAGAUCCACUUACAGAUCAAAUGACCCUUGAAGGUGGUGCCUUGGUAUUAGCCGACCAAGGUAUUUGUUGUAUCGACGAGUUCGAUAAAAUGGCCGAGGCUGAUCGUACGGCUAUUCACGAAGUUAUGGAGCAACAGACAAUUUCUAUAGCCAAAGCUGGUAUCAUGGCUAGAUUAAAUGCAAGAGUAUCUAUUUUGGCAGCUGCCAAUCCUGCUUACGGUCGAUACAAUCCAAAUCGUUCUAUCGAAGCAAAUAUUCAACUUCCUGCGGCUCUACUCUCGAGAUUUGAUGUCAUGUGGUUAAUUUUAGAUAAAGCUGACCAUGAUAACGAUAUGAGAUUAGCUCAACAUAUUACCCACGUUCAUAAAUACGGAAGACAACCAGAAGCUGAAAUUGAAGCUAUGGACAUGGAUCUUAUGAGAAAAUACAUAGCUGUGUGUAAGAGGAAGAAUCCUUAUAUUCCUGAACAUCUGACGGAUUAUAUUGUUGGGUGUUAUGUGGAAAUGCGAAAAGAAGCUAACGAUCCCAAUUACAAUGCGCACAAAGAGGACAAUGCAUACGGUCGUGAUAAGACUUUCACAUCUCCUCGUAAUUUACUUGCAGUCAUGCGUCUCGCAACAGCUCUCGCUCGUUUACGUCUAUCUAACGAAGUUAACAAAGAUGAUAUACGUGAGGCAAAUCGUUUACUCGCUAAGUCAAAAAGUUCUAUCAACGAUGCCAGGAAAUCGACCAACAUGACUAAUAAUGCACUUCAAAACCAAGUUAGGAAUAAGAUUUAUUCCAUCAUCAGGGAGCUCGUUGGCGAUGGUAAAACUGUAAAAUAUUCUGAUGUAAUGGAACGCUGCACCGGUAAAGGUUUCACACCGGAACAAAUCAACAUUACUAUUGACGAAUACGAAGGUCUCAACGUUUGGCAAGUUGAUAUGCACAGGACGAAACUUACUUUGCUAUAAGAAAAAUUAAAUUUUUCCAUUAUAAAAGUCAUUAUUAAGUUUUAUAUAGCAGGAUCGAAUCUUCAAGUUUGAAAAAUUGUGUAUACUGCAUGUAUUAAUAAUAAAAUUUACACUUCUUAUAAAAAAAGA